AAAACCUGCAGCAGACUCAGCCUUAUGUUCAGAACUGAGCGGCUGCCAGGAGUCCUGCGGUCCUCCACACAGAGGAAAAAAUGAAGACAGAUUAUUCUUUGGAGAAGGACAGAAGGGCUCAAGGAAUCUCUAUUGUAGAAAAUGGUUACCGUCAGAAAACUGAAUCUUUGGCCUCCAAACCAGAAAACUGUGAUAUGGAGAAUGGCAAAGCACCUACCCAGCACCCUACCCUGUUUGGAAAAUACCACCAGAGCCUUCAAACCCUCAAACCUUUCCGCUGGUCCUCACCAAAUCCCCACCCUAUAGACAAUGCAGGUUUCCUCUCCUUCUGCACCUUUGUUUGGAUGACCCCCAUGAUGUGGGCCUUGUUCAGGAACCGGCUGGACAUGAACUCUCUCAACCUGUCCCCAUUUGAUUCAUCCAACACCAGCGGAGAAAGGCUGCGGAGACUCUGGGAUGAAGAAGUGGCGAAAGUCGGGGAGGAGAAGGCCUCUUUGGUUCGAGUGAUUUUUCGUUUUCAGAGAACCAGGCUGAUUCUGUCUGUCCUUAUUGGUAUCUUUGCCAUGAUAGCAGCAUUUAUUGGCCCGGCUGUUGUUGUCUAUGAGCUCCUAAACUACGCUGAAGACCCUGGAAGCUCUACGGUGUUACAUGGUGUUGGUCUGGCCUGUGGUCUCUUCGUCUCAGAGUUUUUUAAAGCUUUCUUUAUCUCUCUGCUCUGGGCAAUGAAUCUGCGCACCGCAGUCCGACUGAAGGGCGCCUUCUCUUCAAUGGCCUACCAGAAAGUCAUCUCUCUGAGGGUACACAGCGGUGUUUCAAUGGGAGAGUUGAUUAAUGUUUUGACCAACGAUGGCCACAGGCUGUUUGAGGCCGUGUUGUUUGGGAGUUUCGUGCUCUGCUCUCCUGUGCUGUUUUUCGCAUGUGUCAUCUACUCCUGCUUCAUUCUGGGCUACACCGCGCUGACCGGAGUCGCCACCUACAUCAUCUUCAUCCCUGUUCAGUUCUUCUUGGCCAAACUCAUCACAGGGUUCAGAUGGAAAGCCAUAGUAAUAACAGACAGCCGAGUUCGUACGAUGAACGAGAUCCUCAACAGCAUCAAACUCAUCAAGAUGUACGCCUGGGAGGAUUCCUUUGAGGAGAAGGUCGCAGCUUUGAGGAAAAAAGAAAAAAAGCAGCUGAAGAGGGUCUGUCACAUCCAGAAUCUGAACACCAGCAUCACUGGCAUCAUCCCCACCGUCGCCACGGUUCUCACCUUCAUCGUGCACACUUUGAUUGGUUUGAGUCUAAACACGUCUGAUGCCUUCACCACCAUCGCCAUCUUCAACUCCAUGAGGUUCUGUCUGGGUCUGAUGCCUCUGUCUGUGAAGACUUUGGCUGAGGCCGCUGUGUCACUGACAAGACUGAAGAAAUUACUGCUGAUCAAAAAUCCAGAACCCUACAUGAUAGAGAUGAAAGACAGCAACUCGGCCAUAGAGAUGAAAAACGCCACGCUGUCCUGGACUAAACUGGAUGGUCAGACCGACUCCUCUCCCAGCACGGCUAAUGGAGUGAACGGACACAAAGUGGAAGAGACGACAAAGAAUGACAAGACUGAAUCUCGGCCGACUCUGAGAAACAUCUCCUUCACACUGCCUAAAGGUAACCUGCUUGGAGUCUGUGGCAAUGUGGGCAGUGGAAAGACGUCACUGAUUUCCAGCAUUUUGGAACAAAUGCACCAACUUCAAGGCUCCAUUUCAGCUAAUGGGACAUUUGCCUACGUUUCCCAACAAGCCUGGAUAUUUCAUGGAACUGUUCGAGAAAACAUCCUGAUGGGGGAACCUUUUAACCAGGCCAAAUAUGACAGAAUCGUGGAUGUGUGCAGCCUCAGAGCUGACCUGAAAAUCCUGCCAUAUGGAGAUCAAACUGAGAUUGGAGAGCGAGGGCUGAAUCUGUCCGGGGGACAGAAGCAGAGGAUCAGCCUGGCCCGAGCUGUUUACUCCAACAAGGACAUCUUCCUCCUGGACGACCCGCUGUCUGCUGUAGACGCACACGUGGGGAAACACAUUUUUGAAGAGUGCAUCAAGAAGGAGCUCCAUGGAAAAUCAAUCAUUCUGGCAACACACCAACUUCAGUAUCUUGAGUAUUGUGAUGACAUCUUGGUUCUGGAGGAUGGCGAGGUUCUGGAGGCUGGAGACCACCAGGCCCUGAUGAAAGUCAAUGGACGCUACGCUCAGCUCAUCAGCAACUACCAGCUUGAACAGUCCACAACAGAGGCAGACGAUGAUGAAGUCUCUACUCAAGAGGUCAACCAGAUGCUGGAACUUGAGAUCAGAGACCGUGCAGACAGCGGGAUAGUGAACCUAGCCUUUGACAUGUCAGAUGAAAAGGAUCAUGUCUCAACUUUGGACCGAGUUUCUGCAGCUGGUGAUCAGCUGGUGAGUGAAGAGUCAGCCUCAGAAGGAGCCGUCCCCUGGAGAGUCUACCAGCAGUACUUCAAAGCAGCUGGAGGCUACAUCGCCACCUUCCUCACCUUGAUGAACCUGGUGCUGUUGAUUGGAUCCACAGCCUUCAGUAACUGGUGGCUCAGCCACUGGCUGGAGCAAGGCAACGGGACUUCAAGUGAGGCUGAUGUCUCACAAAACCCAGACCUGCACUUCUACCAGUUAAUUUACGGUGUGACGGUUAUCAUCAUGUUGUUCCUUGCAUUGACGAAGUGCUACUUCUACACCCGGGCCACCAUGGGUGCUGCCUGCAAACUCCAUGACACCAUGUUUAAAAGGAUUAUGGCCAGUCCCAUGAGUUUCUUUGACACAACACCGACUGGCCGCAUCAUUAACCGCUUCUCCAAAGAUCAGGAGGAAGUGGACACUGUUCUUCCUCUUCACAUGGACCCUUUCAUCCAGUUUACCCUGAUGGUCACCUACACCAUCAUCAUCAUCGCCACUGUGUUCCCCGCCAUGCUGGUAGCUGUGGUUAUAUUAGGAGCUCUGUUCACACUCAUUCUUUUUGUGUUCCAGCGGAGUAUUCGUCAGAUGAAGAAGAUGGAAAACAUCAGCCGCUCUCCUUGUAUCUCGCUCACCACCUCAACCCUGCAGGGCCUCAGCACCAUCCAUGCCUACAACAUCAGAGACAACCACAUUAAACUGUUUAAGACUCUGAACGACCUGAACUCCAAUCAUUAUCUACUGUUUCACUCUGGGACUCGCUGGCUCUCCUUCUGGCUGGACUUCAUGGCGUCUGCUAUGACAUUCCUGGUGGCUCUGUUCAUAGUCCUCAGUGGUGAUGACAUCAUUAGUCCAUCUAUGAAAGGCUUGGCCUUGUCCUACACCAUACAGUUAACAGGUACGCUUCAGUUCGUGGUGAGGCAGGCAACAGAGGUGGAGGCGAGGUUCAACUCGGUGGAGCGACUGCAGGAGUACAUCACGGAUUGUACAUCAGAGGCCCCUAGGCACAUAAAGGACACUCAGAUCCCAGAGGACUGGCCAAAGAGCGGAGCUAUCACAUUCAAGGGCUAUAAGAUGAGGUACAGAGAGAAUACACCUAUUGUCCUCAAUGAGCUCAACUUUGUCAUUGAGGCUGGAGAGAAGCUUGGCAUUGUGGGAAGGACGGGCUCUGGGAAGUCCUCUUUAGGAGUGGCUUUAUUCAGACUCGUGGAGCCAGCAGGAGGAACCAUCCUCAUAGACGGCGUGGACAUUAUGUCCAUUGGUCUGCAGGAUCUGCGCAGCAAAUUGUCAAUCAUCCCCCAAGACCCCGUACUAUUUAUUGGCACAGUCAGGUACAACCUGGACCCCUUUAAUAACUACACAGACGAUGAGAUCUGGUCAGUGCUGGAGAAGACCUACAUGAAGGACUCAAUUGCCCGCCUGGAGGAAAAACUUGAGGCACCAGUUCUGGAGAAUGGAGAGAACUUCUCUGUGGGAGAAAGACAGCUCAUGUGUAUGGCAAGAGCUCUACUCCGCAACUCCAAGAUCAUUCUUUUGGAUGAAGCAACAGCAUCCAUCGACGCAGAGACCGAUGCUCUGAUCCAGAACACAAUCAAAGAAGCCUUUCAGGACUGCACCAUGCUCACCAUUGCGCAUCGUAUCAACACUGUGAUAGACGCAGAUCGUAUCCUGGUCAUGGACAAUGGAGAGGUGGCUGAGUUAGAUGAUCCAGAUGUGCUCAAACAAAGACCAGACUCUUUAUUCUCAUCACUCCUGAAUGCUGCCAACACCGUGAACACCUAAUUAAGAAGCAUCUCAAACCAAGAUUAUCAGGGACUUAAUUAGAGUUAUUUAUUGUCACAGCCUUUUAUCAAACACUUAUGUUUUGGUAUAACUGAGCUGCAGGUGGAGACAUGAGCUGUACAGGUUUUUAUCUCUCCUGCCUGCUGAAACAAAUGUCUACAUUGAUAAUGUUCUUUCAAAUGUUUUACAAAGGAGAGAACAUGAAGAUGUAUUUGUAAAAAUGUUAUUUAUUGAUUUUGUAAUGUUUUCUGUCACUUUUAAAACUACAACGAAUGACUCAGCUUUGAUUUAUUUGAACUUUGUGUAGAAAGCAUUGAACUCAACCUGAAUGAAGAUAUGCUGCUGCUGGAAUUAAACUAUGGAAAUUUG